AUGGAUCUGCUGGCUACUGUCAGAAAAGAAGGAUCGCGUGGCGGCCGUGGCGACUUCAAGUGGUCAGAUGUUCAGACGUCUUCGCACCGUGAAAAUUACCUCGGCCAUUCUUUGAUGGCUCCGGUGGGUCGCUGGCAAAAGGGGCGUGACCUCAACUGGUACGCCAAAGGGGAUUCCAGUCCAAACACCGCCGAAGACCCUGCCGCCAAAGCUGCAAGAGAGCGAAAGGAGGAGAUUCGGAGAGUCAAAGAGGCGGAGGAGGACGCCCUAGCAAGAGCUCUCGGACUGCCGGUGACUCCGCGGCACAAUCCGAACAUGGAAGAGCUAGGCACGCAACGUGAGGUUGGGAAUGUUCUGAAAGCGGCUGCAGGAGACGAAGACGCCACAGUGUCAAGGGGUGUUGGAUAUGGCCGACUUGCAGGGGUUUCGGCUCCAGAUGAGGGGCAGUCCACCACCGAGCGUCUGGAGGGCACCGCCAAAGAUCAAGACAAGGAGCUUCAGCACGCGCUCCGGGAAUACAAACGCCGCCAUGGAGUCGAAGCAGGCACAGACACAGGGAGGGUCACGAAAGAAGACACAGAGAUGACCGUCGCCGCCAUAGUGAGCGCCGUCACGAUGGUAGGUCUCCGCGACGAACUAGACCUGUGCGGGACAGAUCAAGAUCCUUUUCGCCUGGCCGCGAGCGAGAUUACACUCGUUGCGAGCGGCCGCGAAGUCACUCCCCAUCCCGUCGCCGUCAGGAAAGGAACCGGCAUGAUAGAGAAGGAGGGCGUCCAGGGUCGCGCCAUCGCUAGCUUAUCAUUGGGUGAGUAA